GAAACAAGAGUCUCGAGGGGCCAUUGUUCCGCGCGAUGAUCAGGGCCUGCCUACUAGCCGGAAGAGUAUACAUCGCAAUAGCUAUUGAUACAGGAGCUAUUGCUGGAUUAGCUCUCUGGUUUCCUCCAGGGAAAGUUCUUUGGAAAACUGAUGCGCAGAAAAAUCUUGGCUUUAACCAAUUAUUGGAGUCUCUGUCACCCAAGACCAGAGAGUAGUGGACUACCACUUAUGGUUCUGGUCUGGCUCCUUUUAUCAAAACGGCGCUGUCUCCUCACGUGCGUCCAAUCCUUUCAUCCAAAUUUUUCUUUAAAUUAUUUUCAGACUGCUGAGAGCUCCUGGUACCUGAAUUGUCUUUGCGUUGAUCCAAAGUAUCAACACCAAGGAAUCGCUACAAACCUGAUCAAAACGGUGGAACAGGAGGUGAUGUCGACGUCCAUCCUUGCACUCUGCACAGAUACCGAUUUCAACGUUGCAGUAUACAAGGCGCUCCACUUUCAAUACAAGGGAGAAGCGACUCUACCAACUGCAGAAGAUGACUAUAUCAAUAUGCAUUGUUUCACUAAGCCUGGCGCAAGGGUGUAGGAGUCGCGUUCAACUGUAUUGACAGGCAUGUCACGUCGGCGGCAGUUCGUGCCUGAAUCAUCAGAGCGCAUGUUGGGCCAUUGUUGGCGGUCUUAUACUUACAGGCAAAUGUCAGCGUCCUUGAAAUUCAACGUCUAUAUCAAUCUUUCCUAACCAUAGAAAGAA